AGUCGCAGCAUCUCUUUCACCAGCCGAAGUCUCGACACAAACGUUCUCAGGGAGCACCCUGUUUUCCGGCAUUGUCGUAAUAAGCUGUUCUUUGGGGCAGCGAAUUUGUCGCUAUUGCGGAAACUGCGCUUUGCGGCUCUGCCCGGAAGUGCAUGAGAAAGGAUGUUUUUAAGGAUGUUUCUCUUUUAGCCUAUUUGUUUGUCGCUCGUUUUUCGUUGCUGGGCCGGUAAACAGCAGCUGCCGUCAUCAUGGAUCGUAGGAAGAAGCCACUGGAUGUGACAGUUGCUUCGCUGGUAGACUUGAAAGCUGAGCUUUUCCGAAAACAAGAAGAGUUCAAAAAAGAAAAACUUCUGAAAGAUGCUGGAACCUUUGUAAAGCCCAAAGCAACAAACAAGAAGCCGAGCAUCUGGACUAAGCAGAACAAAGGUGUUUCAGAUCGAGCCGAGAAAGAUGCUGAGCAGAAGAUAGAAGAGCAGCAAACAUUGGAUAAAGCAAGACAGAAACUGGAAGAGAAAGCAAAAUUGUACGAGAAGAUGACAAAAGGAGACUUUCCAGACGAAGAAACUGAGGAUUUGUACCUUGUGGAUUUCACUCAAAAGAUCAUAGACAGACAGAGAGAAGUACAAGAGCUAUGUGCAAAUGAAGCUGCUAGGAAAGCAGCGGAGAAGGAGAAUGAAGACGAGAGACACUCUGAAAUGGAGAUUCCGCCUCCGCAGGACCCCACUGAAGAAUGGGUUGACUAUGUGGACUCCUUGGGGAGAUCAAGACGUUGUAUGAAGAAGGAUUUGCCACAUCUGCUUCAAAUGGAUAAAGAACUUCAGGGGAAGAGGCAAAUGAGUGAAGAGAAGACUCUUUUGUCUGAAGAUAUGAGAAGGGAGCUUCAGCGUCAGCAGUGGGAACGAGAGGAAGAAGAGGCCAUGCGGAGACCUGUGGGACCAAUACAUUAUGAGGACAUUCGUGAACAUGAGGCCCGGCAACUUGGUGUUGGUUAUUUUGCUUUUGCCCGUGACCAAGCUUUGAGGAAAAAACAGAUGGAAACAUUAGAAAUGCUAAGAGACCAGACCACAGAUCAGAGAGCGAAACGUGAGCACUUAAAGGAGAAACGCAAGGCUGUUCUGGAGGCACGGCUGUCCAAGCUUCGGGCAAAAAAGCGCUUAAAAGAGGGCAACCCAGUAGAAAAUGGAGAGGAAGAAAUUGUUGAGCCAGCACCUGUGGAACCCACCCCCAGUGAAGUGGCAAGAUCUGCUGCAGAAAGCAGGAAAGUGGAGGUUGUCAUUCAGGAGCGGAAAGAUACAAAACCUGGGAUACCCUAUGUUCGCGAGUGGGACAGAGGCAAAGAAUUCACUUUUGGACUUUGGUCAAAGAAGCAGUCAGAACUCAGGAAUGAACGAGACCCAGAAUUUGCACCACCAUCUAGUUAUUAUAUGGGUCAAAGCAGAGUGCCUGACUUGGAAAGCCAUUAUUGGAUCAAAGCUGGAUCCUCAUAUGACAAAAGGGAACCGAAUCCAGGAGAUAGCUCACCCUCCCCAUCAGCAGAGACCACCGGUGGCACUACACAGAGCAGCUGGUGCCCGCCCUCUCAGGCCUCCAGCAGUGACUUGCAGAAUGAGCAGCCUGUUUACCACAGUUUAGAUGACAUGCUGUCGUACUACAAACAAGUGGCAUGAGUGUUGAGAUGCUGUGCACAAGGCCAGUACCUUGACAGCUGAAGGGAAGUCUUACAUUUGAGCAGCAGCAGAAGUGAGAACCCUAAAGACCACAGCAGAAAAAAAUGUUAGCCUAGAUAUCAAAUACCUUUGCCAUGAGGUGGCAUGAACUGUACAUGUGACAACCGAUUGACUCCUGUUGUUACCUUCUUAACAGUAAAGGCUUCUAUUGUAAUGAU